AUGCCGCUUCCAUGGAAGAAGACCAAGACCAACCGUAUUUCCCGGAUUGUUGCCGAUCUCCAGCCCCCCUCCCGCGGCGCCUCCCUCGUCGUCGAGACCGGCUUCCCCACCUCCGUCAUCGACCUCUUCGUCAAGAAUCGCGACCGUAUCAAGCGACAAUCCGCCAAGAGGAGCAAGAAGACCAAACACUUCCCCCCGCCCGAUCUCUCCGAUUCUCUUGCCCCGCCUCCCUCCCCCGAUUACGAUUCCCGCCCUCUCCCCAAUUCCUCCGCCGGACCCUCCCAAUUCGAUCAUCAUCAUCAUCCUGCCCCGGAACUUGAACUCCCUACUGCGAAUGCCGACGCCAAAUUGGAAUCCACUGGUACUCUGCUUGUUCUCGCGGUGAAGAUGUUUCUCGCGGUGAUUCCGGUUCUGAGUACCAGGAAACUCGCCAUCGGGAUUACUCUCUCCGCUUUCCUGCUUUUUCUCCUCCAAAUUUUGAGCAAGUUCGCGGUUGGUUUCGCCAAUCCCUUUUGGAUCUGGAAGCGGUUAUUCUCGGAGUUGGAGACUGCAACCGCCGCGGACCGCCGCCGAGACGGGUUCAUUGUUGAUCGUAGAAGAGAGGAAGAGCCGCCGAGCUCUGCCUCCGGCGAAAUCCAAGUCGUCGAACCGAAUUCCGAUCACGAACACGAGGGCCUGCAACAGGAAUUUCUGAGCCGGGAGAUCAAAUUGGGAUAUCUGUACGAGGAGGGCGAAAUCGAGGACCAAGACAAAUUCCAGGCCGCGAAGAAUGACCGGAGCAGGAGCGCGAAAUUGAAAGCGAAAUUCAACAAAUUGAUACCGAAGAAGCUGCGGAGUGGGAAGAGAGUGAAAUCCAGCAAGAGCAAGAACAAAACACAACUCUACAGCGAAUUUCCCGGUCCGGGCGCGCAAGAUCACGAUCAGGAAAACGAACACGGACCGGAAUGGAGCUGCGAGGAAGAAGAUGAAGAUCACGACGCGUGGGAAGAGCAUCAGAUUUGGACGCCUGAAGAAACGGGUGUUUCAUGUUCAAAUUCAUCAAAAUUCUGCAUCAGAAAUGGAAAUUUGGGUAAAGGGUAG